UGUGCUCAGCUGAGAGGUUCUUCAUCCAUGAUCCCGUCUCAUCUUCCUUCUGAUAUAUCACAGCCACCAUUCAGCAGCAGUUGACCGAGUCCUCGCAGUUGACCAAUCACAACAACUGUUAGGUCAAUGAUUCCUGUGUGGCCAGUGUGGAAAACAAAGGCGGUCACUCAAGCCCUCCAAAGGUACGGCUCGGCAGUGCCAUACUGGCUACGAUGUCGAAAGCCUACAACGAUGAUGUGGAGAGACUCAGGCCAAUUGAAUAUCCGCAUAUGAAUAAUGGCGUUUAUCUUGACCACAGCGGAACCACGAUUUAUGCAAAGUCAGCCAUCGAACGUUUCAGUCAGAAGAUGCUGACGGACCUGUAUGGGAACCCGCACUCAGAGAAUUCCCCGGCGAAGCUUUCGGGAAAUGUCAUUGAGGAUGUUCGCGCAAGGACGCUCAAUUUCCUGGGUGCUGAUCCAGAGCAUUUCGACCUCGUCUUCGUAGCAAAUGCCACCGCAGGCAUCAAGCUUGUAGCUGAAGCCUUUCGAGAUCUCGGCGAGAAGACGCGGUCGAACGCAUUCUGGUAUGGGUACCAUCGAGACUCCCAUACCAGCCUCGUCGGGGUCCGUGAGUUGGCAUAUGGCCAGUUUCACUGCUUCGAGAAUGACGCAGAUGUUGAGGCCUGGCUGAGUUAUCCAGAGGCUGCCAUGGUCAACAGGCAGGAUCAUCGAUCGCUGGGAUUAUUUGCAUACCCGGGCCAGUCAAAUCUGACUGGCAAGCGGCUCCCACUGCGGUGGGCAGGGUGCUUGCGUCAGACAGAUGAGCUGCAGAACACGUACACCCUCCUGGACGCGGCGGCGUUGGCCAUGACGCUCCCAAUGUCUCGGGUGUUUGCAGAUCCAGAUACGGCCCCCGACUUUACCUGCCUCUCCCUCUACAAGAUAUUUGGCUUUCCAGAUCUGGGCGCCUUGGUCGUCCGCCGGCAGUCCGGACACAUCCUCGGUCUCAGGAGAUACUUUGGAGGCGGCACCGUCAAGGCCGUCGGUGUGAUCGGUGACGUCUUUCAUCGCUCCAGGGGCCAAGAAGGCCCCAGUGACAGACUGCACGAAGGCCUCGAGGAUGGCACGCUCCCUUUCCACAGUAUCCUCGCGCUCGGCGAGGCCAUCGACGUCCACAUGCGGCUCUUCACUUCGAUGGAAGUCAUCUCGGACCAUACCCAGUACCUGGCGACGCGAUUGCGUCACGGGCUGAUACUACUGCGGCAUCCGAAUGGCCGGCCGGUGUGCCGAGUCUACUUUGAUAGUGACUCGAGACGAGACCAGACAUGGCCCGAGGAUCCUGCAAAAUACGGACCAGCGGUGGCUUUCAACGUCAUUGAUCAUAACGGGCAGUUUGUGACUUAUAAGUCUGUCGAGGAAAUUGCAAAUAAAGCCAGUAUAUACAUCAGGUCAGGUGGCGUUUGCAACCCUGGGGGGAUAUAUUCUGUCCUCGGUUAUGAGCCUUGGAUGAUUCAUCGGGCAGUGCAAGCAGGUCAUAUAUGUGGUGGUCCAGGCACAGGUGUUCUGCACAACAUGCCUACUGGUGUCGUGCGGGCAAGCGUAGGCGCCAUGUCGACUCAAGCUGACGUCGACGCCCUCAUCACCUUUAUCCGGACCACAUUCGUAGAAAAUCACGAAAGGCCAGCCGCGAGUCCAGUCAAGACCACAAAUCCCACGAUUCCCCAAACAAAUGGGGUAAAAAACAUGGCACCGCCCACGUACAAUACCAUAUUACUGCCGAUGCCAAACGGCAUCCAGACGAGGCAGGAAAUUCAAAACAAGCUUCAAUAGCCUGGCACUGUAUCUCGCCCCAUCCAGCCUCCUAGAAUCUCGAUAGUCUAAAAGAACGCAAGCUCGCACAGGUGGUCGUCAGAUAAUUCGUCAUCCAUGCCACAA